CCUCGAUACCAGGAUUGUUCCUCUGGUCACCCUAGGCAAGGUGCGCAGGCUGUGGAAAUUAGGGGGAUCCCUGCACCGUCCAGCCUGACUGCUUGCCAUGCGCCUUCACCCCCUCAAGGGAGCUUUACAGCACAAGAGUUAGAACCAGCCCCCACCGCGAGGGCAGCACCACAACGUCUGUCUGUAAACACAGGAAGAAAAUUAAACCCACCCAGGCAUCUGAAUUUCUCAUACAACCAUUCGCCUGUGUGAGAGAUACAGAGUCUCUGAACAGAGGCUUAACCCGGAAGAGCCAUACAUUCCUGCCUAAAAUAUUUAGAAAAAUGUCUACUCAGUCAUCAAAAGAGAGGCCCGAAAAUCUGCAGUUUCCAUUCCUUGAUGACGACACUACCAUUUCUACAGUCAAAGAAUCUAAAACCCUUUUUAUCAUAAGAGGCCUGCCUGGCAGUGGGAAAUCCACUCUUGCCCAGGCUAUUCAAGACCAGUAUAAGGAUGCCUGCAAGGUCAUUUCUGCCGAUACCUAUAAAAUUACACCCGCAGUAAGAAGCUCCAUUCCUGAAGAUUAUUCAAAGUUGGAUGAGGAUUUAGCUGACUAUUGCAAGCGAGACAUCAGUGUUGUUGUUGUGGAUGAUACUCACCAUGAACGGGAACGGCUAGACCAACUCUUUGAUAUUGCUGACAAAUACCAGUAUAAAGUCCUCUUUGUUGAACCCAAAACACCUUGGAAGAUGGAUUGCUUGCAGCUUAAGGAUAAGAAUCAGUGGAAACUGUCAGUGGAAGAUUUGAAGAAGAUGAAACCAAGCUUGGAGAAAGAUUUCUUACCUUUGUAUUAUGGAUGGUUUUUGAGCAAAAAGAGUUCGGAGAACUUGAGGAAGACUGGACAAGCCUUUUUAGAUGAGCUCGGAAGUCUUAAAGUAUUCAAAAAGGAGUCUAAGUACUUUCUUCCUGCUGAAGAUCCCAAAGUAAAAUUGGACCUGACCAGCUACUUUGCGAAAAGGCCACCCAGCGUCUUGCACUGUACAACAAAAUUUACUGACUUUGGAAAGGCUAUGGGAGCUGACGAAUAUGCACAACAAGAAGUGGUGAAGGCGUCCUACGGAAAAGCCUUUACCUUGACUAUCUCUGCGCUGUUCCUCACAACAAAAACUGCUGGUGCUCGCGUGGAACUGAGUGAGCAAGAACUGCUGCUGUGGCCGGGAGACGUCGACAAGAUACUGCCUACAGACAACCUGCCCAAAGGCAGCCGGGCUCACAUUACCCUUGGCUGUGCCAGUGGCAUAGAACCGGUCCAGACUGGACUUGACUUGCUGGAGUUUGUCAAGCUGGAAAAGGCAGGGACCAAAGGUGAUGAAAUUGAGGAAAUUGGUGGAGGGAAACUGCUGUACUUUGGCAAUGGCAUGUGGAUGCUCCUACUUUCUAAAAAGAUUGAAGUGAAGGCUAUUUUCUCAGGUUACUAUGGCAAGGGAAAGCUAGUGCCUACUCAGGGCAGUAACAAGCGAGGCUCUGCCUUUAAUCCCUGCACUAUCAUCUAGGUGCUCCAGCCCUGCGGAGGUGUGGUUGGUUGUUUUUUUGAUUUGCUUUUUUUAAGACAAUAACUUGGGUAACCUUUAUAAAGUUGUAAAAAGAAAGUUGCGUGUACUAACGUAGCCCUUCUGCAAACUCUAGUAUGAAGUGUCUCUCCUGGGACAAUGUAUUGGCCCUCAGGAAGGAAAUUGGUGACCUGACUGUAAAGGAAAACUAAGUGGCUAAACAACCAUUUCUGAUAUUUAAAUAUCCUAUUUGGUCUACUUAACUAACUGAAGUGCUGAAUGACUUUUUAAAAUGAUAGAUUUUUGUAGAGAGGUCUCAUCCCUCAGAGGAUCAUUCCGGAUAGUCUGCAUGUUUUGUAAUUUCCCUAUGGACCACAAUCCUUAGAUGUGACCGUAAUAACUGAUUUAGACAGUGGUGGACCAAAGUUUUUAGCUACUUUUCAUUUUAUUAAGCCAAGUGAGUUAAAGUUGAGUUGAACUUUCAGCUUCAAGUUGGUACAGCCCCCCACAGGCUGGUGGAACAUACUGCCCUGGGUAGAUGAUGAUUAAAACCACUAAGCCUCCGUGGGAGGGGAACAAGUGCUCCAAGUGGCUUUGGUCGACAAGCACAAGGAUUAGGUAUGUACUUAGGGGAGUCUUAGAAGCUUCAUUCAGCAGGGUCAAUCGAUUGCAUCCCCAUGGUUAGCAGUGUGUGGCCUAUCCUAACUUCAUGUGCUACCAGAAUGGCUCGAAGACUUCCGGGGGUGUGAGAGAAGCAAAAAGUGCAUGGGUGGGUGGAGGAUCUACUUCGUUUCAAAUUGAAGCUCUAUUAAAUGGAACGACUAUAGGUAAGAUCAUGGAAAAAGAGAAUUUAAAUAUCAGGAAAAACUUCCUAGCAGUGAGAUCUGCUCUGCCUUCUACAGGGGCCACCAUCAUAUGAGACAUCUAAAUGUAGACUGGACAAAGCACUACUGUAUGUAUAUUGUAGGGAACAAUCCUGCCCUGGCAGGGAGAUGGAAUAGAUGAACUAAUAGGUCUUUUCCAUCUCUAACUCCUGAUCCCAUAUAAACUAAAAUCAUGUCUGAAGUACUAAAUUGUACUUCAUCCAAAAUAGGUUUUCCUGCUUUGGAUUCAAAGUCUAAUUCUUUCGAAUGUUAAGAUUAGCAUGGAAGUACAUGAAGCUAACAUGUUACUUAGGAAGUAAAUAACGGUGGCAUUGUAAUUUAUGCAUAACUUAACCUGCUUAAAUCUCAGUUUUCCAGCUGGUUGUCUAAUGUUCAGUUAUUACACUUUUUAAUUAUAGUUGAAAGUUGUUUCUGCUCACGUGAACAUAGCCAAAUGCUGCUUGCCUAUUGAUCACAGAUAUUUGCUGUCAUUACCCUCCUGUAACAUUUGGCUGAACUAAUCAAUUCAGGUCAGAACAAGCAGUUUAAACUCAUGUUAUGGCUUAGUGUCCCAUGAACUGUAAAGUGUAUUGAAAUAAAUCCAAUAUUAAUGUG